AGAGCAACAAAGCCACUAGGACAAGGAGAGGGAGGGAGGGAGAGGGACCCUUCUCUAUCCGUGCGUGCGUGUCAACUCAACUCAACUAAGAUCAUCCAAAUCCAUAUUCUUCCCUUCAUUUUCAAAACCACUUCCUCACAUUGCUCCUCCUGAGACAGGUUGGGUUCAACUGAAGUAGACUUCUCUCUCAGCACAUAAAAAAACACACAAAGUGUGGUAAUACAAGUGAAGUGUGGUUUUGGAGAACAAGAAGGCAAGUAUGUAUGGGGAUUGCCAAGUUAUGUCAACUAUGGGAGGGAACGUAGUAGUAAACUCAGAUACCCUCUUCUCUUCCUCGAUCCAGAACUCUAACUUCAACUUCAUCCCUACCAUGCCUUUUCAGCCUUUUCCUACCAUGAAAGAAGAAGAUGGGAUCUUGCGAGGGAAGGAAGAGAUGGAUAGUGGGUCAGGUAGUGAACAUGUUGAAGACAAGUCAGGGAAUGAGCAAGAGAGUGAACAACCUACAAAGAAGAAACGUUAUCAUAGGCACACUGCACGCCAGAUCCAAGAAAUGGAAGCUUUGUUCAAGGAAUGUCCACACCCGGAUGAUAAGCAGAGGUUGAAACUGAGCCAUGAACUGGGCCUGAAACCGCGCCAGGUUAAGUUCUGGUUUCAGAAUCGCCGAACCCAGAUGAAGGCACAACAAGAUCGGGCAGAUAAUGUGAUACUUAGAGCCGAGAACGAGACUCUAAAGAAUGAGAACUAUCGGUUACAAGCAGCGCUACGUAAUAUUAUCUGUCCCAACUGUGGUGGCCCAUGCAUAAUGGGCGCUGAUCUGGGCUUGGAUGAACAACAGCUUCGCCUUGAAAAUGCCCGGUUAAGAGAAGAGUUAGAACGUGUUUGUUGUCUCACUUCAAGAUAUACUGGUCGUCCAAUCCAAACAAUGACAGCAGCACCUACUCUCAUGGCUCCAUCAUUGGAUUUGGACAUGAACAUAUACCCACGUCACUUUACGGAUCCUCUUGCUCAUUGUGCUGAAAUGAUUCCUGUGCCAAUGUUACCUCCCGAAGCUUCACCAUUUGCAGAGGAUGGUGUCUUAAUGGAAGAAGAAAAGUCUCUGGCCUUGGAGCUUGCAGCAUCUUCCAUGGCUGAGCUUGUGAAGAUGUGUCAGACAAACGAGCCACUUUGGAUCCGAAGCAGCGAAAAUGAAAGGGAAGUGCUUAAUUUUGAUGAACACGCAAGGCUUUUCUCAUGGCCUCUGAAUCUCAAGCACCGAAGUGAACUAAGGACAGAAGCUAGCCGUGACACUGCUGUGGUUAUAAUGAAUAGUGUCACUCUUGUUGAUGCUUUCCUUGAUCCUCAAAAAUGGAUGGAGUUGUUUCCUACAAUCGUUUCUAGAGCAAAAAUUGUCCAAAUUAUAUCUUCUGGCGCUUCUGGUCAUGCAAGCGGGACUCUUCAGCUGAUGUACGCAGAGUUUCAAGUUCUUUCUCCUUUGGUGUCAACUCGCGAGACUCAUUUUCUUCGGUAUUGUCAACAAAAUGCUGAGGAGGGAACCUGGGCCAUUGUUGAUUUUCCUGUUGAUACCUUUCACCAUAAUUUUCACCCUUCUUAUCCUAGAUACUAUAGGAGGUCCUCUGGCUGUGUGAUUCAAGAUAUGCCAAAUGGGUAUUCAAGGGUAACUUGGGUUGAGCAUGCAAAAGUAGAAGAGAAACCAGUGCAUCAGAUAUUCUGCAACUAUGUCUACAAUGGAAUGGCAUUUGGAGCACGUCGCUGGUUAGGGGUUUUGCAAAGACAAUGCGAGAGGGUCGCCAGCCUCAUGGCCAGAAACAUAUCAGAUCUUGGAGUGAUACCUUCACCAGAAGCACGAAAGAACUUGAUGAAACUAGCACAAAGAAUGAUAAAAACGUUUAGCCUUAACAUGAGCACUUCGGGGGGUCAAUCGUGGACGGCUAUAUCAGAUUCACCUGAAGACACUGUUAGAAUCACAACUAGGAAAAUCACAGAGCCUGGCCAACCUAAUGGUGUGAUUCUAAGUGCAGUUUCAACCACUUGGCUUCCCUAUUCUCAUACCAAAGUCUUUGAUCUCCUCAGGGACGAACGCCACAGAUCUCAGAUGGAUGCUCUUUCCAACGGCAACUCAUUGAAUGAAGUGGCUCAUAUUGCAAAUGGCUCACAUCCAGGAAACUGCAUUUCCCUUCUUCGCAUAAAUGUAGCCAGCAACUCAUCCCAAAACGUAGAGCUAAUGUUGCAAGAGAGUUGCACCGAUCAGUGUGGAAGCUUAGUAGUGUACACCACCAUCGAUGUGGAUUCGAUCCAGCUAGCGAUGAGUGGGGAGGAUCCAUCAUGCAUUGCCCUUCUUCCACAAGGGUUCAUGAUAGUCCCAAUGGUAUCAUCAUCAGGGAAUGAUGAUGCCAAUUCAUCUGCCAAUUCAGGUUGCCUUCUAACCAUGGGUCUCCAAGUUCUCGCAAGCACAAUCCCUUCUGCAAAACUCAACCUUUCAAGCGUUACGGCCAUCAACAACCACCUUUGCAACACCUUGCACCAAAUCGAAGCUUCCCUUUCUAGCUGCCAUGAGAAUGGAACUUUUGUUGGGUCUUGCACUGAACCCACCACUAGUGCUCCCUCAAAGCAAUGAAAAAAAGUCACUAAAAUACUGGAUGCAUGUGUUGGAACUUUAAGUGUGCAUGGAUUGAGGGGUAGUAGGAAGAAAAAAAAGGGAAACAAAUAAAGAUGGAUUUGAGUAGGUAGGGAAGUGCAUGUGUUGGAAAAUGAAGUUGUGUGACAUUAGUGGACGUGUGUGUUUAGUUAAUUUGUAUGGGAGUGAUGAGGGUGUGGUAACAUAUAGUACUAUAAUUGAGGAACAAUGUGGAAUGGCAUUUUAUGUGUGUUGAGGAGUAGAGGGACUGAGGGAGUCAAGAGCGCACCAGAUAGUACCCUCACUAGUUAGUAAGGGUGGUGUGGUUCGGGAAUUGACUCCUGCUUCUAUGUCAGCCUCUACUGUGUUCAUUUCAAUGAUUAUCAUCAUCAUUCAACUUAAUUCAAGUUUUUAUUUUUUGUUAAUCUCAUUGUCGUUUUC